UUCAUCCUCCUUCACCUCCUCCUCCGAGUUCUCCUCACCAGUUCUCUCGCUCUCCCUCCUCGCGUUCCCCAGCCCGGCUCCUCCUUUCUCCUGCGACCCCGCCUCCCGGCCCCCAACCCCGCGCCGGUCCUUCGCGGGGCGGUGGUGCGCAGGCGCGGAGCCGAGUCCCGCUGGGCCGCAGCCGGUGGCCGGCUCGCAGUGGGCCUGUACCCGGACCUCCACGCACGGUUCCUCCUCGCUCUGCGGAGACUGGAGGACAGACCGGACCACGCAGAAGUGUGGCGGCAGGAUGGCGCAGACCGCCAUGUCCGAGACUUACGAUUUCUUGUUUAAAUUCUUGGUCAUUGGGAACGCGGGAACCGGCAAAUCUUGCUUGCUUCAUCAGUUCAUUGAGAAAAAAUUCAAAGAUGACUCAAAUCAUACCAUAGGAGUGGAGUUUGGCUCAAAAAUAAUAAAUGUUGGUGGUAAAUAUGUAAAGUUACAGAUAUGGGACACAGCUGGACAGGAGCGAUUCAGGUCUGUGACAAGAAGCUACUACAGAGGUGCGGCUGGGGCUCUCCUCGUCUACGACAUCACCAGCCGAGAAACCUACAAUGCGCUUACUAAUUGGUUAACAGAUGCCAGAAUGCUGGCGAGCCAGAACAUCGUCAUCAUCCUCUGUGGGAACAAAAAGGACCUGGAUGCUGACCGUGAAGUCACCUUCCUCGAAGCCUCCAGGUUCGCACAAGAGAAUGAGCUGAUGUUCCUGGAAACGAGCGCACUGACUGGUGAGAACGUCGAAGAGGCUUUCAUGCAGUGUGCAAGGAAAAUACUUAACAAAAUCGAAUCAGGUGAGCUGGACCCGGAGAGAAUGGGCUCUGGCAUCCAGUAUGGAGACGCUGCCCUGAGACAGCUACGGUCACCACGGCGUACACAGGCCCCAAAUGCACAGGAGUGUGGCUGCUAGGCAUGCCAGCAAUACAGGUUCCGUGGCGGUUUUUGGAGUGCAGCUGCUGGAGCCAGAAGAGUCUGGAGUCUCUACUGCCACCUUUUCUACUCCGCACAGAAGCAGAUCUUCAUGGGGGAAGCCGCAGUGCACACUGGCAGACAGGGCUCAGCAGCCACACUGCGAACUCACUCAGUGGACAGUACCUUUCGAUGCCACACAUAUGCAAAGAUCCCCGCCCCAUGUCUACCCCUUCCUGUUCCGAGAAACCAAGCUUCUGCUGCACACAGCCUGGCCCUUUCCUCCAGCACAGAGCCAGUGCUGAUAGAGUCCUGCACCCAAUGAAGCUCUUCUUUUUCAGCUCACAGGAAAUGCAGUUUGUGAAUGUGCGCGUGCUUUUCCCAUCGUGUUGGUCACACACGACUCAGUAUCAAAGGACUCUGGCGCUGAGAGCCAGCACAUUUCUUAUUUAAUCCCUCUUGCCCUUUCUACACCGUGUCUGUGACCCACACCUGAAACGCUAACCCUCAAGGACUCACUGUCAUCUGGAAAUAAAGUGCAACCGAGUGUCUCACGCACCCUGCACUGUCCUGCUCUGUGGACUGCAAGGCUCUUAGCUGAGGUCAGUGCAAGAGCUGCCAUGGGCCCAGGUCAACCUGCCCAUCUUGUUCUGCUUCCACAUGGCCCUCGACCUCCAUGGUCUGUCUCUCAUCGUGAGGGCAUCUGUGCCUCUUCUUCCACAUCACCCUUGACCUCCAUGGUCUGUCUCUCAUCGUGAGGGCAUCUGGGCCUCUUCUUCCACAUCACCCUCGACCUCCAUGGUCUGUCUCUCAUCGUGAGGGCAUCUGGGCCUCUUCUUCCACAUCACCCUCGACCUCCAUGGUCUGUCUCUCAUCGUGAGGGCAUCUGGGCCUCUUCUUCCACAUCUUACAUUGUUUUGUAGUCAUUUUCAGCAAACUCGCUACCUCUAGCAAAGGAGUCUGUUUGUGAGGAAACCUUGGGCUCAGCAGUGAAGUGCUUCCUUCCACGCGUGUGAGGCCCUGCCUGGAUUCGAUCCCCAGCAAGCACCUCCACACCACACACAUUGUCCUUCUGCCAGGUGCGGUGGCACACAUCUCUAAUCUCAGUAGCCUGGGACAGCAGGAGGCAGUCAUGACCUUAAAACCAUCUGGAGCUAGAGAGGCCGGAGUGGAUACAGGGUAGAGGUGGAUCACACAAAAUUCCUCUGCAGCAGUUCUUGAAUACAUAAAUGACUCACUGUAUAUCAUCAUCAAAUUGGCCUGGUUUUCGUUUGAGACUAGGAUGACCUCAAAUUCAAGGAGAUCCAUCUACCUGCCUGUCUUGUCAAGAGUUCUGAGAUUAAAGGCGUGUGCCACCACACCCAGGAAAGCCUGUUUUCCUAACAAGCACUAUUUCCUGAGUACUACCUUUCUUGUGCAAACUUUAAUAUGACCAAACUUCAUUUCUCUUUUAUUUAAAACAUUCUCCAUCGUUGAGAUUUUCUCUUCGGCAAUGCUGUUUGAUUUCCACCUGACCAGAUCUUCUGUCAUGAAUUUCUAGUUUAAUUCUACAACAGCCACAAGCAUACAAUGCAUAAUCUUAUUUUUUUUUUUUUGGACUGACAAGGUUUGUUUUAUACAACAGGAUUGGUGUCUUGGUAAUGCUGUGUCCCUGGGAGUUUGCAGGACUGAGGGGGAAGGGAGCUGGAGCUCCUGACUGUUGGCUCUUCAUCACCAGGCUCUCCUGCGUUGUGGCAGUUCUCACCUGUUAUCUCUAGUGUCCAGCUCUUACCCUGAACUUAGCAGUCCCAUCAGAUUCCUAUUUGUAGGCAACUCAUCCAACUCUGGGCCCUUCCACACAGCCCUUGCCUCAGUCCGACACAGCUGCUAGCCACAGGCUGUCUCCACUUACCUCUAUCACUCUGUGGGCGUGAUGCUCAUGUUCUGCAGAGUCACGUGGGACCCAGGAAUUCUCAGCAUCUUCACAGCACGGUUGACAUGGAAACAUGAAGGCAUUGCAUACAUAGAAGUUUGGUUUCUUUUACAUUUUUAAAAUGCUUUUCAGCUUCUCUGAACCUGCUUUCUUUUAGGCUAAACGUUUUUAGUAUUAUCUCUUUUUCUUAUAAAAUGUAGUCUUUAGUAUUAUCUCAUUAUAAAAUGUAGUCUUUUCAGACGCCCCCUUUAAGAUAGGGUCUCACUCUAGCUCAAGCUGGUCCCAUACUCAUGGCGGUCCCGCCUCAACCUCCCUCAUGCUGGGAUUAUGGUGUGUGCCAGCAUGCCCCGCUCUGGCUACAGAAUCCCCAGGUGACAUGUUUCUUUUCACUCUGGCCUCCACGAUCUCCAUGAAGAAUGUGUCAUUGUUCAAACUGUCAGUGCAAUGUGUGGCUUUCUUUGAGCACUUCCUGGUAUCUUAGUUCUCGGCAGUUUGAGGAGGGUGCAUCUGGAUGGGUAUUGUGACAGGGUCUCACUACGUAGCCAGAUGUGGCCUCAAACUCAAAUCCUCUUGCCUUAGUCCCCCGGUGCCGGGAUGGCAGGUGCUCAGUGCAUCCCUUUGAGCUUCUCCCACAUGGAGUUCACGCAGCAUCUUGACUCUUCUAGUUUUAUAUCUUUCAUCAGAUUGAGUUUCCAGCCAUUGCUCAUUCCAAUCUUUGAACGCCUUCAUCAUCUUUCUCAUCUCCCAUGCCACAGGUCCCCAUGAAACUCUUUUCAUCUGUUCUCUUUCUGCUGUUCAGACUGCUGAUUCUCCAUCCUGUCAUUGAGUCUAUCCAGCUGUGCUCGUUCACAGUUCCAGUAUUUUCAUUUAGAGGUUGGUUUUUGAGAUAGUCUUGCUCUGUAACUCUGAUUGACCUGAAACUCCCUGUGGAGCUCAAACUUGCAACAGGUCUCCUGCCUCUACCUCCCCAAUUCUGGGAUUAAGAUGUCCCCCAACACAUCUGCCUGUUCACUUCUUUUUGUCAUCAUUAUCCACAUUCUAAUCUUUGAGAGCGUUCUGGUUGCUCAUUAGAGCUAUUUCAAUGUCUGUAUCAAUAUCUGCGGUCUUCCCUCCUGAGCCUCCCAGUUCUGAUGCUGAAUGGUACGGCCAUGGCCUCACUGACGCUUAAGGGUUUAACUUUGUGGAGGUGACCUUGUUUGAACCCGCCUUCUGUCAGGUGGAUCCCAAUUCAGCAUCAAUCCCAGACACUAAAACCAGACACUGUGUUUAUUUGGACCUUCCCUACCUGUGUCCCCUGCUGGUUCAGUUUCCUUUGGUCUGCUAGUUAGGAGCAGUGUGAACUAAGCCAUAGCGCUGCCCACCCAGCCUGUGUUGUUUCUCACUCAACAUAAGCUUAGAAUAAGGGGAAACUUUCCUAAAUGCAAAUUUGUUAUUAUUUAAGAAAUCCAGGAUGCUGGGUAUAUCGCAGGAUUGAGGGCUGACAAACUCCAGCUUCCAUCCUGUGGGAGUGAAUACAAGAAUUCCCCCAGAUUCUCCAGAUUUUCCUACAAGAAGAGGUACUAGGGAACCAUCAUAGAUUGCAUUCCCGGACACCUUCCAUGGUGCUGACUCUGACGCCUUAGAAAGCCUGGCGGUUGAGCAGCUGGUCCUCACGGGAUCUUACCUGAGAUGCUCUGCAGGGAUGUGCCCCAGGAGCUGAACAGCCACCUCAUGAUAUGCUGAUUAUGCCUGGUGUAACUGUGUCUUGUACAAGCCUAGGUUAAAGAAAAGAGGGAAGACAUUCAUAGACAUACAAAUGAUGGGUGGACCAGUUUACAGAGACCUCAAUAUGCCAUUCACUCGCCUUUUAGAGUUGGUAGCAAAAAAUACGUAGCUGCUGCCAACCUAAAGUCUACCUGUUUUGAAGAGUGGGAAAUAUAACUCACUUGGCAGAGUAACCACCUAACAUGCAUGAAGCCCCGGAUUCUUCCCUCCCCAGAACCACAUUGACUAAGUGUAGUGAUAUAUACCUGUAAUCCCAGCAGUUGAGAGGUAGAGACAAGAAAAGCAGAAAGUUCAAGGUCAUCCUUGGCUAUUUAGUUCCAGAGCCAGCCUGGGCUACAUGAGACCCUGUCUUUAAUAAGAAGAAAAAUAACCAGGCAUGGAGGCAGAUGCACUUGGGAGGCAGAGGUAGUCGGAUCUACUGAGUGAGUUCCAGGAUAAUCACGGUACAUAGAGACUCCAGGUCAUGUUGAAAGGGCAGCAUUUAUACCACACGGAGUAUACAUACAGCAAAGACCUUACCUGGGCCAGGUGACUGCAGAAUUGGCCAUGGCAUAGCACGAGUUUAUCCAUAAGUAGACCAUCCAGCUAUGCUGGUUUUCCUGAGCAGUGAACCUACCCGGAAAGCAAGCCUCUCCCCCUCUUCUCCAACACUGCUGCUGCCGCCAGUGUCACGGGGUCUCACUCCAUUUACCUUCUCUGAAGACGUUUUUAGUCGGAAAGCUGGGCAGAACUCUCUUUGGCUGCUGUUUUGUUUCUCGCCACGUGGGGACCCCAGUGCCUCCUCCAUGCCAGGCAAACCGAGCUACAUCCCCAGAACGUAGGCUAUGUCUGGAAAUGACACCUUCAACAACAGCCCCUUUGCUAGCUCUUUUCUUACAAUACAGUCCAGUUGUUGUGAGCAAACACCUUUGAAUUAGCAGCCAACCUUCAACGAAACACAGUGACAAAGAUGUUGCAUGGGAACCGAGAGACGCAUGCGCUGCUGCACUGUGAGCAGGUGAGACCACCUACGAAGCCUUCAGUAGCUGGAACAUGGCUAACCAUGUUAGAGAUUCCAUGGGGGUGGAGCGGAGGAGCAGACACAUAAGCAACACCAAGUAUGCAGAUGUCUUCUCAGCACAGUUUAGGAGACAUUUCUAUCCUCUCCCCACCCUCGUCACUGCGCAGAACCGGGCAUUCUCUCCUCAGUGUUCUAUUGUUAGCUCUGAGGCAGAAGUAGCAUAAAAACCCAAAACACUUACGGAAACAUUUUUUAAUUAAGACCUUAAAAUCAAAAUUUUAAAAAGACUUGUGUAUCAUUUAUUUUAAAUAUGAUGGUAUUCUCAAACAUUUUCAGACAUUUCCAGCAUGGAAGCUAACUUUAAAUUAUCUCACUGCCUUGAAACGUGUCCUGUAUUAGCUCCUAGGACAGGAAAAAAGCUGUUGCUAAGAUCAAUUUGUUAAAAAUUUCAUAGGCUCACCGGGCGGUGGUGGUCCACGCCUUUAAUCCCAGCACUAGGGGAGGCAGAGCCAGGUGGAUCUCUGUGAGUUUGAGGCCAGCCUGGUCUACAAGAGCUAGUUCCAGGACAGACUCCAAAGCUACAGAGAAACCCUGUCUUGGAAAAAAAAAAAAAUUUAUAGGCUUAAAAGGUAACCACCACCUUUUGAAAGGGAGAAAAAUUGAAGCCUAAGCACUAGGGACUUGGGUGUGGGAGUCACAGCUAAUCCAUAUGCACUUCCUUGUGGUGUAUGAACAUUAAAUAUUCCCCCAAGUCCUGAUCGUUUGUGCUCUGUGUAAAAAGAAGGUGGCAAAGACACCAGCAUGGCUCUCA